UUGACAUGGCCGGUGAUGCUGCCGGGGGUGGCGACAGUGCUGGCGACUUGCAGCCGCAUCCGGUGUUGGAACAGCUCCCUGGCAUUCAGUAUUGCAUGAACAGCCCUCCUCCGUGGCCUGAAGCUAUUUUGUUGGGCUUUCAACAUUAUCUUUUGACUCUUGGAAUUACUGUUUUGAUUCCCAGUAUAUUAGUUCCUCAAAUGGGUGGUGGCAAUGAUGAAAAGGCAAGGGCAAUUCAAACCUUACUCUUUGUUUCAGGACUCAACACACUCUUGCAAUCUUUCUUUGGAACCCGACUUCCAAAUAUGGUUGUGGGAUCAUACGCAUUUUUAGUUCCUGCAACUUCUAUUCUCCUAUCCAAGAGAUAUAAUAAAUUUGAAGAUCCCCUUGAGAGGUAUGAACAGACAAUGAGAGGUAUACAGGGUGCUUUAAUUGCAACUUCAUUUUUCCAGAUGAUUGUGGGUUUCCUGGGCUUAUGGAGAAACGUUGUCAGGUUGAUUAGCCCACUGUCUGCAGUUCCCCUUGUAACUUCCACAGCAGUUGGCCUCUACCAUCUUGGUUUUCCGAUGCUGGGGAGAUGUGUUGAAGUUGGAUGUCCAGAGUUGAUUUUGAUGGUUUUUAUCUCACAGUAUGUUCCUCAUUUUAUGAAAUCAAAGAGGGCCAUAUAUGACCGAUAUGCAAUGUUAUUCUCAGUCCCAAUUGUAUGGUCAUAUGCACACAUUCUGACUGCUAGUGGUGUGUAUGAUGGCAAACCUCCGAACACCCAGAUAAGCUGCCGCACUGAUCGUUCUGGACUCGUUGGUGGCAGUCCUUGGAUACGAAUUCCUAGUCCAUUUCAAUGGGGGACGCCCACUUUUAAUGCAGGAGAAGCUUUUGCAAUGAUGGCGGCUUCCUUUGUUGCUCUUAUUGAGUCCACUGGUACAUUUAUUGCUACAUCAAGAUAUGGGAGUGCCACUCCCAUACCACCAUCUGUUAUCAGCCGUGGUGCUGGCUGGCUGGGAAUAGGAGUUUUGCUAAAUGGCUUUUUUGGUGCUGUAACUGGCUCUACCAUAUCAGUAGAAAAUGUUGGGCUAUUGGCAGUGACAAGAGUUGGAAGUCGAAGAGUCAUUCAAAUAUCAGCAGGGUUUAUGAUAUUCUUCUCUGUAUUAGGAAAAUUUGGAGCCGUAUUUGCCUCAAUACCUUUGCCAAUCAUAGCAGCUUUGUACUGUGUCUUCUUUGCCUAUGUUUUUUCUUCAGGGCUUGGAUUUCUCCAGUUCUGUAACCUCAACAGUUUCAGAACAAAGUUCAUCCUAGGCUUCUCCAUUUUCAUGGGCUUUUCAAUACCACAGUACUUAGAAGAAUAUCAACUAAGUUCCAGACCUGGUCAUGUCCACACCAAUUCUGGACCGUUUAAUGACAUGAUGACUGUCAUCUUCAUGUCAAACGCGACGGUUGCUGCUAUGAUUGCUUUGUUAUUGGAUACCACUCUUUCCUGGGGGAAAGAUGGUGGUAGCAACGAUAGCGGCUCACAUUGGUGGAGAAAGUUCAGUUCAUAUAAUUCAGAUGUGAGAAGUGAUGAAUUUUAUGCACUGCCAUUCAAACUCAAUAAGUUUUUCCCAGCUCAUUGACACUUGACAGUAAUGACUUGCAACUAUCAAUUGUGUUAAUCAGUAUUUGUCUUGGCUAUGAAAGUUUUUCUGAUGAUUUGCUAUA